CAGCAAGAAGAGCACAAAGGCGAACUGAACGUAGCAAUUCGAGGCGUCAGUCAGUGUCGUGUUCGGAAGCACAAGCACAAGCUGCAAUUGAAAGCAUCAAAAAAAUAUGCCACACCCAGUGAUCCUGAUACAUGGUGGAGCGGGGGACAUAACCGACUCCCGCGUUGCCGGCAAGUUCAAGGGCAUCAAGGACGCGCUGCGUGCUGCCUGGAAGCAUUUUGAGCCGACAACAGAAGCGUCUGGCAGCGCACUAGAUGCCGUUGAGACGGCCGUGCGUUCCAUGGAGCUGGAUGAGUCUUUUAAUGCGGGCUAUGGUUCCUGCCUUAACACCGCCGGCGGCGUAGAAAUGGAGGCCAGUUUUAUGGAGGGGCGCGAUUUGCGAGCCGGCUGUGUGACACUGCUGUGUGAUGUCAUGCAUCCGAUCACAGUGGCACGCCGGUUAAUGGAAAGGCGACGUCACGUUUUUCUUGGCGGCCAGGCGGCAUUGGACUUGGCGCUGAGCUCGGGCAUCGAGAAGCUGCCGGCUGGCUCUCUUGUUACGGAAAGCGCUCAGCAGGCAUUGCGAGAGUUUAAAGAGCAGGAGGCGCAGGGCUUGGACACCACUUUUGCUCGCACCGAGCUAGAUAAGGCACGCACCGAUCCGAAUGGAGACACUGUGGGCGCCGUUGCCAUGGACACGAGCGGACUAAUUGUGGUGGGCACCUCAACGGGCGGCAUCACGGGCAAAUGGCCGGGACGAAUUGGCGAUACUCCUCUGCUCGGCUGUGGCACCUAUGCUGAAAAUACUAUUGGCGGCAUCUCUACUACCGGCCAUGGUGAGACCAUAAUGCGCUACAAUCUAGCUCAACGUAUAUUGGGCGCCAUCCAGCAUCAGGGACUCUCCGCCCAAGCUGCCGCCAAGCAGGAAUGCCAGAAGAUGACAGAUCGCAUCGGCGGCACCGGCGGCGCCAUUGUUAUUGACCACAAGGGCGAGGUGGGCAUCAGUUGGACAUCACGCCGCAUGGCCUGGGGUUACGUGCGAGACGGCAUCAUUCAUUAUGGCAUCAAUCACAACGAAGUCUUCCAGGAGCCCUUGGUGUCGACACAAGAAUAAUACAAUCACUUAAAAGCAAUUUUACACAUGUAUUAAGCGUACCCUCAAUGUUUUCUGUAUUAUUUGAAUAAAUUACUAUUAAUAAAGCACAAAAUUAUAAACUCUAAAAUAUAAA